AUGGCUUACACUCCCUCUGCCGCAAGUCCAAGUACCUCGCUUUGGCGACCGCAUCCACAUCACCGAGCCCCCAUUCGAGCCCUCGCCACCAAGCUCCUCCAGGAGCUCCCGUCCCCCGGCGCCCUCCCCGUCGACCACACCGAGGCAGAGGAGAUCCAACACGCCUCCCGCCUGCCCGCGCACGGCGACUUGGACUGGCACGCGGCGCUCCCGGAUCGCGUGAAGGGGUGGGAGGAGGACCGGCAGAUGUGGAGCGACUGGCAGACGAGCCUGAGCGCGUGGCUGGAGGAGGAGGAGGAGGACCAGUGGAAGGCAUGCUUCGACCCCUGCGUCUGCGGCAUGCACCUCGGCGGCCCCAAGUUCACGCGUUCACGCCCAGCUGUCUGUCCGGGUUCUGGGCAUCUCUGCGACGAACGCGUGCCGUCCCCGCUCCUCCCCAGACGUGUACGCGGUCGGCACACCGAGGGCGCAGGCGGCGGGACGUGCGAGACGUGCGUGGCAAACAGGGAGGAGGAGGCCGAGGCACGGGCGCCGGUGGCAGAGAUCUUGGCGGAGAGGGCAGCAGAGGGCGACGAAGACGAAACCACGGACCUAGAUGACGACUACGACGACCGCCACGAGUACAACCACAACGAUGGGCGAAGAGCAGACCCCCGCACGAUACGAGCAAGCCUGGGGCGCUCUACGGCCGUGUCCGCCCUUGGGACGGCCUCGUCGCCCUCGUCGGUGUCCAGAUCCCACCAAUGGGUGGUUGCGGCAGCGUCCGCCAUCCUCCCCACCGUCUACCGCGGGUACAUCGUUGGUGGGCACAUGCUCGUCGGCGCCUGGCAGCACGCGACUACGAGUGCGCACACGGUCUCGCUCGACGUUCACCGUCUCCAAGGUCGACUGCCUGCACCAGAACGCGCGUUCGCCGCCGCCGCGCUCUCGGCCGAGCGCGUGUUCGCUGCCGCCGUGGACCGCAAGUGGGAACGCGAGCACUUCCAGGCACGCGCAUGCCACACGCCGUCUCCAGGGUUCACCCUGCGGGUGCACGGGUCAGCCAAGCACGACCCGGACCCUUACCCGUGGUACCCGACCCGCCAACCCGCACGGGUGGUGGCCACCCGUGGUGAUCACUAUUCUCACCUGAACUCCCUCGCUCUGAGCUCGCGCCGGCCCUAA